CGUUUGUAGUUCCCAUUUCACAUUUGCCAGUUACUAAUUUCACCACCAAGAAAACAGAGUCUCAUCAUAACACUAUAUAUAUUUAUUCUAUUCUAAUGCGACACCGUCGUAUUAUCUUUGCUCCGCCGUUCACCACCGCCUUGUUCUCAUUCCUCCAACAUCACCAUGUCGAAUCCAAAUUCCAGAUCAUUAAACUGGCACUACACAGAGUUAGAUGACAGAGACCUCGAAAUAAGAGGCAGAACACUCUUCUUCGUCAUCGUACUCUUCUCCAUUUUCCUUCUCGUUAUUGUUCUCUUCUUCUACACUCGUUGGGUCUGUCGCUACCACACUCACAUAACAACCACCACACUCUCCGCCUCAAUCCACGCGCCACCGCCUCCGCAACCGCAAGGACUUGACUCUGUUUCGAUUAAUAAACUUCCCAUUAUCCUUCACCAAGCUCCGGUUGACCCCGAAAACGGCGCGUGGGAGGACACGGAGUGCUGUAUAUGUUUAGGAGAGUUUAGAGACGGUGAGAAGCUUAAGGUUUUGCCAGGGUGUGAACACUAUUUUCAUUGUGAGUGUGUUGAUAAGUGGCUAACUCAUCAAUCUAGUUGUCCACUUUGUAGAACUUCACUCCAAGUUGAAGAAUCUUCUUUUCCUAAGAUUUUGAUUCAGGAACCACCCAUUAGAAUUGAUAUUCAAUUCUAGCUCCUUUCUCUUCAUUGUACAAUAUUAAUAAAAAUCACAACUUUUACUAAUUUUUAUUAUUUCUUGUAAAUUUGUUUGUUUUUUUUUACAGGAAUACAUUUUUUAUUAUUUUUCAAAAUUGUUCUGUUUGUGCAAAAACAUUAGAGUUUAGACAAGUGCACAUGAUAUUAAGUGAUGGAAAAAAAAAAUGUAGUUGUCCGAGGAAUUGGUUUAUAUUGGUAUAAAUUCCCACGUUGGAUUGUAGCAAUCUGGGUUUGAAGAAAAAUACAUGUAAAAAAGAAAAUGCUGUUAAUGAGGACCACUUGUUUGGUAAAAGUCCUGAAAGAUGUUGCAUUUCUGAGUCAGCUUUGAUUGGGUCUACUACUACUUGGAUACGUGGUCCUGCUUCUUAUGUUAUACUACAUAGGUGAAUAUUAAAUUAUAUUUUUUAAUAGAAAUUUGGGUCCCAAAAAAAGAUGAAUCAACAACAUACUACUGCUUUUUAGGAGCUUGUUUGCUUUGUUGUGACUGGGAAAUUGUGGCAUGGCAUGUUGCCCAAUAAGCGUCCUCUCUAAUUUUAUUUAUUUUUGAAUGAUAAUAAUAAUGAUGUAAAGUUACAUUAUUCCAUACUCCACAAUUCAAGGUAAUAAAUUUUAUUUUGAA